AUGUCCGUGUUUGUCGUUCCCCCGGCACCCGCCCGAAUUGGAAACGAGACCAAGCAGCAGCUGCGCGAGCAGUUGUUUGGCGAACUGGCCCUGCACGACCUGCACCACGAGCAGGAGCUCAUGAAGAACAUGCAUGCCCAGCGCGUGCAGCUGAGCGAGCAGCAGUGCAAGCAGCCCAGCAUUGCCUUCCUCGACAUGUUUGGCUUGCCCCAGCCGGCCGUCAAUCUGGCCAACUUCAAGUCGCCCUUCAUUGUGCCGCCCAGCAUUGUGCCGCCAGUGUCCUACUUUACAACCAACAGCAACUACAACAUGGGUCUCUACCCCGCAUUCAACCCUUCGCUCAGCUUUGCUGCUGCAGCUGCCGCCGCUGCCUUUGCGCCGCCGCAGCUGACCCUGGCCGAUGUCAUGGCUGGGCCCGCAGUCAAGCGCGAGAGGCUCGACUCUGCCGCCAGCAUCAUGUCGGCCCUGUCUGCGUCGUCCGACGCCAGCGCUGCGAGCUUUUUGGGCAACAGCGACAACUUUGCCCUGCCCGAACCCACGACCAUGGAAACGUUGCUUGCCAACCUGCAGCACUCGUCCACGCUGUAUCCCAACCUGUGCAACGCCUUCCCUGUCGUCCUGAGGCCUACGAGCUCCCUGUCCUCGUGCACGGAAAGCCGCGACGUCUCGUCGAGCGCGUCCACGCUGUCCUCGGCCGGCGCAUCGCCCGCUCCCGUCGUGGUGAGCGACUCGAGCCGCAAGCGCCGCGCGUCGUUUGACGAUGAGGACCAGCUGUUCGACUCUGACGGCUUCAACGCUGGCGAAACGUUCACCCUGUCGUCGCUCAUUGCCUCGGCUGCCACCUCUGCCGGGCCCGUGACCCCCGAGCGUCUUGCGCACUGUCUCCACGACCCGCUGCCGCCAAUGCCCGUGCCGGCUUCGCAAAGCGUCGGCAACCGCGUUUCGCGCAUUGAUCCGAACGUCGACAACGUGACUGCUGCGCGCCGCAAGAAGGAGCGCGAGGCGAAGGCUGCGUCCCGCCAGAAGCAACGCGAUCUGAUGAACGACCUUGAGCGCACCAACGCCCUCCUCGACCAGGAGCAUGCCGAGCUCAAGCAGCGUGUGCUGUCGUUGCAAUCGCAGCUUACCAUGCUGCGUGGACUGGUCCAAGCGCUUUAA